CGAAGAAAACGGGGCAGAGGUGCAGCGAGAGGCCGAGGCAGGGCUUCAUUUCCCUGGGUGAUUGUACUGAGUAGCACCAGCGGACUUCAGGAGUCAACAUGUCAACAAAUGUCAGCGCCGAGGAGAUGGAGGAGAUCAUGGAGGGCUUCCAGAAAGUGGAUGUGGAUAGUAACGGGUACAUCACCGCCAGUGAACUUGGUGAUCUCUUCCGUGAGGUGGGCAUGGCUUUGCCAGGAUAUAAGAUCAGAGAAAUCCUUCAGAAGCUGGACAGAGAUAACGACAGCCAUAUCAACCUUGAAGAGUUCACGGCUAUUUUCAAGGACUUGAAGAACGACAAAAUGGCCCAGAGUUUCAAGGUAGCUCUCAACAAGAAAGAAGGCAUCCUAGCCAUCGGGGGCACCAGUGAGAUCUCUAGUGAAGGAACUCAGCAUUCAAUCUCUGAGCAGGAGCGCAUUGCCUUUGCCAACUACAUCAACUCGUCUUUGGAGAAGGAUCCAGACUGUCAACACGUCCUGCCCAUCAACCCCGAAACUGAAGCUCUGUUUAAAGCAGUGGCAGACGGCAUCAUACUUUGUAAACUCAUCAACCUCUCUGUUCCCGACACCAUUGAUGAGAGAACCAUCAACAAAAAGAAACUCACACCUUUUACCACACAGGAGAAUCUGAACUUGGCUCUGAAUUCAGCUUCGGCCAUCGGCUGCCAGGUUGUCAACAUUGGAGCUCAAGAUCUGAAGGAGGGAAAACCUCAUCUGGUGCUGGGACUCCUCUGGCAGAUUAUCAAGAUAGGACUGUUUGCUGAUAUAGAGCUGAGCCGCAAUGAAGCUAUUGCCGCAUUGCUGGAGGAAGGAGAGAGUCUGGAAGAGCUGAUGAAGCUCAGUCCUGAGGAGCUGCUGCUGCGCUGGGCCAAUUUCCAUUUAAAGAAAGUUGGCAUGUCCAUAUCAAACUUCUCUGGAGAUAUUAAGGACUCCAAGGCGUACUUCCACCUGCUUGAGCAGAUUGCCCCAGACGGCAGCAAAGAGGACGCUCCACGAGUUGAGAUUGACAUGUCUGGUCUUUAUGAGAAGGAUCUUACGAAGAGAGCAGAGCAUAUGCUCCACCAGGCCGACCGCCUCGGCUGCCGACAGUUUGUUAGUGCCUUUGAUGUUGUGACUGGAAACUCAAAGCUCAACAUGGCCUUUGUAGCCACGCUCUUCAACAAACACCCGGCUCUCACCAAACCAGAGGACCAAGACUGGAAUCUGGAGAGUGAGACCAGAGAGGAGAGGACUUUCAGGAACUGGAUGAACUCCCUCGGAGUCAAUCCACAUGUUCACCAUAUCUAUGGUGAUCUGCAGGAUGCCAUGGUGAUUCUCCAGCUUUAUGAUCGGAUUAAGGUGCCAGUGGACUGGGAUUCCAGAGUCAACCUCCCUCCAUUCAAGACAACAGGAGGAGGGCAUUUAAAAAAGAUUGAAAACUGUAAUUAUGCUGUGGAGCUGGGUAAAACCAAAGCUGGUUUCUCCCUGGUGGGGAUUGGUGGAGAGGACCUCUUCAAUGGAAAUUCAACUCUAACUCUGGCACUGGUGUGGCAGCUGAUGAGGAGGUACACGUUAAAUGUUCUGGAGAACCUUGGAGAUGGUGAAGUUGCAGGAGAUGAUUUGAUAGUUUCAUGGGUCAAUAAGACUUUGGCUGAGGCUGGCAAGAGUUCCUCUAUCAAAAGCUUUAAGGACAAAGGGAUCAGUACCAGUUUGCCAGUUCUGGACCUGAUUGAUGCCAUUCAGCCAGAGAGUGUGAACUUUGAGCUGGUUCAAACAGGAAGUCUGUCAGAUGAAGACAAACUGAGCAAUGCCAAGUAUGCCAUUUCCAUGGCAAGGAAGAUCGGGGCGAAAGUCUACGCCCUGCCUGAGGACCUGGUAGAGGUCAACCCUAAAAUGGUGAUGACCAUCUUCGCCUGUCUGAUGGGGAGAGGCAUGAAGAGGGCGUAGAGGAGACACACAUUCACAUGUACACUCUCCCUCACACACACACACACACAUUUUGACUGACUGUGUUGGCCUGUGUGACAGGAGGAGACAUGAGGAGAGUGAGCAGAGCUGUAUUGUCCUGUUCUUUUGAGCAAUUCUUCGUUAGCCAAAAUAGAAGUGUCACUUUAUUAAUCUAUUCUGCAUUAGGGCUGGGUUUCAUUUAAAAAAUUGCGAUGCCAGUACCAGUAGCAGUACCUCUAAAGUGAUACUGAUACCAAUAGAGUACCUCAUUUGAUACCUUUUUUCUUUUUACUUCUUUAAUACCCAUCAUGUGAAUGGAAGCGAUCAGUUGUGUGAAAAUGCCACGACCACUCCUCCUCAUUCAAAUGAUUUCUACAUUGAUACAUUAUAACUGUAUAGUACAGCCAUACUUCCUAACAGUUUGGUGACAUCUUGGCACGCUGAACUUCCAACUGCCAAAUGCACCGGUCUUGGCUUCACCACAACACAGACUGUAAUUGGUCGUGGGCCAGUCACAUGUUGCAUUAAAAAGCACUUGUGGUGAUUGGCUGCGAGCAAAACCAGACAAAUAUGGUACAAAAAGGAUCAAACGCAGGUAUUGUUUGACUGGAGAAGUUUCGAUACUACUUGGUACUGAGUUAUUUCGGUUGAUACCUUGAAGAUAUUGAGUAGCGAUCCCCAGCCCUAUUCUGCAUUUAAAACAGACAUGAACAUUUGUAUAUAUUGACACAGCCAACAGUAAUGCUCCUAGGGUUCAAGACCAAGUUAACAGUGAGGUGAGACUUCUAUAAUGGCUAUGUGGUAAAUAUUUGGGGUUUGGGGUUCUCUUCUGGAUCUCAGUUUUGCUUUGGGACACUAUGGUGGUUGAGUGAUUUGCAGCAUCGCAUUAAAAACACUCUGUCUCCCAUACUGCCCUUAAAUAUGAAUAUAAGUGUGAAUGUGUUUGUCUAGACUGGUGACCAGUCCAGGGUCUGCCCAGUGCAUGCUGGGAUAGACUCCUGCCUGCCUGUGACCCUCAUGAAGGGUAAGCCUGUUGAGAAAAGAAAUGAAUAAAAGGUUUAGUUGCUGUGAUACAUGGGAAACAUUUAGAGGCAGUGACCACUUAACUUCUCUCAGUCCUGCUGAAAACACAAAUUCAGGGUGAUGUUUCUCGUUUUAGCAUUUCAGUUGAUUUUAAAUCUCCAGUAAGAUUUUACUGCAGUGUUACCUCUGCAUUCUUACUUUCUCCCCACCCAUUGACAUGCUUGAUAUUUCCUCAGCUGCAUUGCCUCAGAGUUUCCCAUGUGUCUCUGCUUCUUAAAAUACCAUCUAGGUUCUGCUGUAUCUUCCAAUGUGCCAGCCAAAUCAACGAAUAAGCAUUUAUUGUACUUAAACCAUAAUAUGAUAUUCUUUACGGAAUACCUUUUGGCCUUUUUAAGUAUGACCAAAGCUGUGCUAGAUUAUAAGUUCAUGUUGUCACACUAGAAACUGUAAAACCUUUGAAGUCCAUUAACUUACUCAUUAAUACUCAUGUAGUUCAAGUAUUUUAAAUGGGAUUUUAAGGGGACAGAUAUUAAAUAUUAGUGGAUUUAUGGAUGUAAUAUACUUGUGCCUUUUAUAAGGCACACAUUCAGGUGUUUUUAAUGGAUAAUCUUUAAGGGCUGUUUAAGGGUUAAAAAAACCUUUAAAACUGACAAAAUAACAUGAAUGCCAUCCCUUAAUUUAAAUUAUAUCAAGGGUCUUAAUUUUGUUUUCAGUUAUUGAGAAAAUUUUAUGUUAUUUAGUACAUUUUAAACAUGACAUUUUAAAAUCAUCUUAAAACUUGCAGAUAAUCCAUUAAAAACCUAUUAAUAAAUAUCAAUAUAAUCAAUUAAUUGACCUCAAAUUAUUUUAUAAAAAGAUAACAAAAAGCCGUUUUCUAUAUUACAGUCCACUAUUGUAUCCAUUAUAAAAGUGCAAAUCUGGACUAUUAAAAAGAUGAAUGUUGCAAAAUAAUCCCUCAAAAUGCCAUUUAUUUGCACCUGAAAAUGUUUUAGACUCCUAAUGUAAAUCAGGGCCCCACCCAUAAAAACCCCUUAAAAUGAUGAGCAGUCACAGCUCUUGUUUUAUAAACAAUAAAAACUGUUUAUUUUGUUCGUCUAUGCAACAGUUUCUUAUCUGAGUUGUUGACAUCUGACUUUUAACAUAUGAAAGCUGCUGCUGCUGUUGAAUAAACUCAGUUAUACAGAAAUGAAAAUGAUAUGUACCUGUAUUGUAUUGGAUCUAUAUGAAAAAUAAAAUUAAAAUUAAUAUAAAUGCUGUCAAAAGAUGAUUCCCAGAUUAUUUAUACAGAAACAGAACAUGUGAAUUUGAACAUGUGAUGUUGAUGUUCUGUUGCUGAUGAAACAGCUAUGAUUGAAAUAUGACUCCUGCUAUAAACAUCAUGAGACAGGUUGCUGUAUUAAUCCUAACUAAAAGUUAUCCAGGUGUGUUGCUGCUGAUGUCAGCAGUCCACUUUUGUUCUGUUUUUUUCUUUCAUCCCAAAUGUUUGCCAAAAAUUGCUUUACAUGCCAGCAAUACUUCCAAAACUCAGUGUGUAAAAAAUCAGAUAUAUAAUGUUCAAUAAAAUCAUUUUUUCCAUA